AGGAAACUAACGUGAAGCAGCCAUUGUUGUCUUCACAUGGAAAGGUUUGCACACGACACGAAAUUCACGAUGUGUUCCUCAAAUCUAUGCUUUGUAUGUCUAGCAUUAUUUAUGCUGUCUUUUUUACCUGAACAAAGUAAUUGUAAAGAAGCAGACCAAGGCAGCUUGUAUGAUAAAAUCACCACAGAACCUAUCAACCCAAAUGAGGAAACCCUAAAGCAGAUCAUUCCACAGAACGUCAGUAAUACAUCACAAAAUGAGAGACUUGUAAAGAGGGAAUAUUUUAUUUCUAAGUUAUUUGAAGAUUUUGGUAAUGAAAAUGGUAUUUUGACACAUAAUGGACUGGAUAAAAUGUUAAAACAGUUAGGUUUUAAACUUGGUCAUGUUCACAGCAUUGAAUAUCAUGAUCACAGCAUUGAAUACCAUGAUCACAGCGUAAACCACGAUCACAGCGUAGACCAUGAUCACAGCAAAGUCCAUGAUCACAGCAAAGACCAUGAUCACAGCGUAGACCAUGAUCACAGCAAAGACCAUGAUCAUGAUCACAGCGUAAACCAUCAUCACAACAAUCAAGAUCACAGCAAAGACCAUGAUCAUGAUCACAGCGUAGACCAUGAUCAUAACAAUCAAGAUCACAGCAAAGAACAUGAUCAUGAUCACAGCGUGGACCAUGAUCACAACAAUCAUAAUCACAGCAAAGAUCAUUAUCACAGCGUAGACCAUAAUCACAGUGAAGACAAUGAUCACAGCGUAGACCAUGAUCACAGCAAAGACCAUGAUCACAGCGAAGACCAUGAUCACAGCGUAGACCAUGAUCACAGCGUAGACCAUGCUCACAGCAAAGACCAUGAUAACAGCGUAGACCAUGCUCACAGCAAAGACCAUGAUCACAGCGUAGACCAUGAUCACAGCAAGGACCAUGAUCACAAUCACCAUGAAAUUGAGCAAAAACUAUCAGAAGAGGAAGAUCAUACUCCCAGGAAUAAAGUAAAAAGAUCUUUGAAAAUUAGUACUAAAAAUGACAGUUCUGUUAAAGACAAAUAUAAUGUUGACAGUUUGUUUCAUGAGUAUGGAUAUACAGAUGGUAUAACAAGGAACCAAUUUGUUAACUUUUGUCCUGGGUUACUCUUUAUGUUGAUUGGUUUAGAGCAUGCAGAUCAACAUUAUCCUGAUGGAAUUCACCAACAUCUGAAUACAUCAGAGAGUAAUUAUCAUCUACCAGAAGUAUGGGGAUUCAGCUGUCUCUCAGUGCUUGUGAUCAGUUUAGUAGAACUACUUGGUGUAACACUUAUUCCUUUCAUGCAGAAAGUCUUCUAUAAUCACCUGUUACAGUUUUUGAUAUCGUUAGCUGUUGGAGCCCUCUCUGGAGAUGCGAUGUUACAUCUCAUUCCUCAUGCAUUCGAAGGUGGCCAUUCCUCGCAUGGUGAACAUGAUUCACAUGACAACUCACAGCAUAUAUCAUCAGUAUUGAAAGGACUGUGUGGACUUGGAGGAAUAUAUUUCUUCUUUCUGAUAGAAAGACUCUUGACAAUACAUACACAAGAAAAACGCAAAAGAAACAAGGGACAAUCUAAACACACCAAUAACAAGACCGUAUAUAGUAAGGAACAAAACACCAGUUUUAUAGAACAUGCGUCUGGACAUGAUUGUGACGAUAUGGUAACGGGCAUUCAUCCUGGACACAAAGUUUUGAAGAAUUAUGCUGAAGAAUCUCACAAUACUGACUGUCACAAGCUAGAUGAUUUGAGUGACGAGGAAAAUCAUGUCAAAUGUAAGAAGUCUACAGACGAGGAAGACCCAUCGCUAGUAUUAAGUCAUACUCAUGGUGGUCAUGGCCAUAGCCACUGUCACAAAGUACCCAAGACAGUGGCAGCUAUUGCAUGGAUGGUUAUUAUUGGUGAUGGAAUUCACACCUUUUCUGAUGGUGUAGCUAUUGGUGCAGCUUUUGCAGCAAGUUUAACAGGAGGAUUGAGUACAUCCAUUGCUAUAUUCUGUCAUGAAAUUCCUCAUGAAAUAGGUGAUUUUGCUGUUCUAUUAAGAGCAGGGAUGACUGUUAAACAAGCCUUGAUAUACAACUGCUUAUCGUCUAUUCUUGCCUUCAUGGGUAUGUGUGUUGGUAUUUUCAUCGGUAAUAUAGAAGGUGCUAGCCAAUGGGUUUUUGUUGGAGUUGCAGGCAUAUUCCUGUAUAUUGCUUUAGUUGAUAUGCUUCCACAGGUGUCUGAUGUAGAUACGAAGAAGGGAGAGCAUCCACUUUGUCAUCUAUUAUUACAGAUUUCAGGAAUGACGUUAGGAGGAGGAAUAAUGUUUCUCAUUGCUUUAUAUGAACAUGACCUGAAGAAUAUCUUCUGAUGUAAAUCAGCAGAUAAACCAAAAAAAAAGGACUUCCAGCAGCUGGUGACAUAAAAGAG